ACUGCGAAAAUCUGAGCACCGACUCCGAUGAUCAGGCCGGCAACGGCGGCCUCCUCCGGCGGGUGUGAACGUCGGAGAAGAGUAAAUUCCAAUGGGUCAACUGGUCCAAAUCAGAGGCUAUAUAUAACACCCAAAAAGAAGUUUUAGAAUUUAGGGGAAACUAAAAAUUGCGGCCCACACGGAUUUAGCGACCAACCUGCGGGUAGAUGGCCUUGAAAAACGUAUAAAUCGGCAGCAAAUCGCAGAGGCAUAAUUUCUCAAACUUGUGUAGAAGGCGGAGGGAUUGCACGCUGCGUCGGAAAGUGGCCGCGGUGAUUGUCUCGUCACUUCUGCGCCGCUGUGAAUGGGAAUAUGAAUUAACAAACCCUUAUCAGGUUACAGUCGAGGUAAAUCCCGAUUUCUUCGGUUCACAAUUCCCGCAUUCGGUUCUAGAAGCACAUUAAUUAAAGAUAUGCGUAAACAUUUAUGAAUUGGAAUCACAAUUCUCUGAAUUUCCUGCUGAACUGAAACCUGGUGGUUGGAUAGUGUGUAGUGAUGGCGAGAAAGAAGCAAUAUCGGCCGCGUAGGUCAGGGAGAGUAAUUGAGCGCUGUUCUUCUGAAGUGGAAUCUAACAGCAAAGAUGGAGAUCCUGAAAAGGAUGGGAUUGGCAAGACAGAGGAACCAUAUUUUGUCCAAAUUGACAAAUCUAGCUGGCUAGGGAAGGAGCAUAGCGAUGUAUCAGAAAUUGUUUUGAUGAACUUGAAUGUGAGCCAGGAGUUCGAUGGAUAUAAGCUGACUGAGGAAUUUUACAAUGAUUCGAGGUAUUGUUUGAGGUUUGAGUUAAAUGAUGUAAACGGGCAUCUUGAUCGAAUGAAAUUAGGGCAUUGGCCGGUUUUGUCUGAGAACAAUACAUGUUUGCAGUUUGUGAUGAAGAAGACAGUAGAGGAAAGGGAUAGGGAUGUAGUGAUGGUGUCUGGAGUUGUUGAUGGACCGGGCGAAGGACUCACCGGUCUGGUUCAUUUAUGUAGUUUGAAGCACUUGAGUGUUAGGCCGAUCUUAGGAAUUGAGUUAUCGCACUCCAUGCCAUCCAUUCGUAUCAGAGUGGAGAUUAUGGAAAGUGUGUUUGAUGAAUCCGAGUCAUUACUCGAGAAUACGAGGCAGCUGUGGAAAAGAAGUAUGAUGAAUGUUAUGGCAUGGCUGCGGCCUGAAGUUCUGACUUCAGAAGCUAGAUAUGGAUGUUAUGAUGCGAAAAAGAUGGAUGCUGAUGUUCCUGUUGUAGCAGAUGACGAUUCCUCUGCAUUGAGUAAACAAGCGAGAUUUGAUGUUUCGAGCUUUUAUGAAGCUAUUAAGCCAUCCAAGGAGGCACCAAUGCUGGACGAUUAUCUUCCUGAUUUGCUUCCUCAACUGCGGCCAUAUCAGCGCCGUGCAGCUUACUGGAUGGUACAACGGGAGAAAGGUGAUCUUGAUCAUUUAACAGGAUAUGAAACAAAUCAGAUUGCUUCUCCUCUGUGUAUGCCUCUAGAUUUGAUCGACUCCUCUAGACGAGUUUUUUACAAUCCUUUUAGUGGAAAUGUUUCAUUGCGUCCCAGUAGUUGCUCAUCAUAUGUUUUUGGCGGAAUUCUUGCCGAUGAAAUGGGCCUGGGGAAAACCAUAGAACUGCUAUCAUGUGUAUUCUCUCAUCGGAUGCCAUCUCCUAAAGUGGCUGCUGGUUCUGAUAAGUCAGUGCAAAGCUUUCAAAACAACAGCUUGAGAAGACUCAAAAGGGAGCGGGUGGAGUGCGUAUGUGGUGCUGUUAAUGAAAGCUACAGAUAUAAAGGUCUGUGGGUGCAGUGUGACUUUUGCGAUGCUUGGCAACAUGCAGACUGUGUUGGUUAUUCUGCAAAAAGAAAAUCUUCAAAAUCAGGGGAAGCCACUGGAGGGGGAAGCUUGAAGGAUCCGUCGGUUGGGAACUCAAGGAAAACAAGAAAAAGAAAGAGAGAUACAGAGGUAGUUGAGAUGGAUGGAGAGUAUAUAUGUCAAACAUGCUUAGCUCUGAUGCAGGCAACAGAAGCACCGAUUGCUACAGGUGCAACACUUAUCAUUUGCCCAACUCCCAUAUUGCUCCAGUGGCAUUCCGAAAUUCUCCGUCACACAAAUCCUGGCUCUUUGAGAAUCUGCAUUUAUGGAGGGGUUAGACACACUUCAUUUUCUGACGAACCUGUCGUUGAUAUCAAUGAACUUCUUAGUGCUGAUAUUGUCUUGACGACUUACGAAGUGCUUAAAGAGGAUUUGCCUCAUGAUUCUGAAAGGCAUGAAGGGGAUCGACGCUUUAUGAGAUACAGAAAGAGAUACCCAGUAGUCCCAACUCUUCUAACCAGAGUUUUAUGGUGGAGGCUAUGCUUGGAUGAAGCUCAAAUGGUGGAAGGGAAUGCUGCUGCAGCAACAGAAUUGGCUUUACGUCUGCAUGCAAAACAUCGUUGGUGUAUAACAGGGACUCCCAUACAGCGAAAGCUUGAUGACCUCUACGGACUUUUGAAAUUUCUUCAAGCAAGUCCUUUUGAUGUCUUUAGAUGGUGGUCUGAUGUUAUUUCAAACCCAUAUGAGAAGGGAGAUGCGGGGGCUGUGGCUUUCACGCAUAAUUUUUUUAAACAACUUAUGUGGCGCUCGUCAAAGGGGCAUAUUUGGGAUGAACUACAGCUUCCUCCUCAGGAGGAAUGUGUCUCUUGGCUUUCUCUCUCACCCAUUGAACAACACUUCUACCAGAGGCAGCAUGAAACUUGUGUGGAUGACGCCCGGGAAGUAAUAAAAAACUUCAAGGAUAACAUCCAAAGAAAAGAUGCAGCAGAUUCCAAGAUAUCUGAUACUUCAUUCGAACCUUAUAUCACCAAUGUGGAGGCUGCAAAGCUGUUCAACUCACUCCUAAAACUUCGUCAAGCCUGUUGUCAUCCUCAAGUGGGAAGUUCUGGUCUACGUUCACUGCAGAAAUCUCCCAUGACAAUGGAGGAGAUAUUGUCGGUUCUAAUUGGCAAGACAAAGAUAGAAGGUGAGGAUGCCCUCAGGAAAUUAGUUGUUGCUUUGAAUGGACUUGCAGGGAUAGCUAUUAUAAAACAAGACUUCCCUCAAGCUGCCAUGAUGUAUAAAGAGGCACUGAAUUUAGUCGAAGAGCACUCUGAUGACUUUCGCUUAGAUCCUCUGUUAAACAUCCACAUUCAUCAUAACCUUGCUGAAGCAUUGCCAAGCACAGAGAGGAGUUUUCAAUGUAAGUUUGUUUCUGGAAGCUCUGAUGAGAAAAUACUCCCGGAAGCUCGUGAUAUGGAUGGAAGUGACAAUCAUGCUAUGAAAAGUGGAGAUAUAAUUGGGGAUGCUCCCAGCGUGGAUAUACCACCUUCUAAUAAUUCACCUAAUUCUUCGGCAUGCUUAAGAUAUAUCGAAAGCCUGAGGUUGGCAUGUGAAGAUCUUAAGCAGAAGUUUUUGUCAGUAUUUACUACGAAGUUAUCUGCAGCUCAACAAGAGUUCAGAAAAUCAUUUGACCAGGUCUGUGAUAUAAGAAGGAAAAAUCAGAAUGCCACUUGGUGGUUGGAUGCCCUCCAUCACAUUGAGCAAGAUAAGGAUUCAUCUAGUUUGCUAAUACAGAAAAUUGGAGAAGCUCUUUCUGGGAAUCUGAAUAAGAAAUCGAGAAUUCCUGCCAACUUUAGGACUAUCACGAUGCUGAAGUACUACGUUCAAACUGGAUUGGAUGCUCUGCAAGAUUCAAGAAAAACUCUACUUGAUAGACUUAUGGAAAUUGAUCAGACAAUGGAAAAUCCAAGGGAGGAGGAUAUCAUGCUCGUUAGAUAUUGCAAAAACUGCAAUUCUAAUUUUGACGGUCCUGCAUGCACCCAUUGUGAGUUGGACGAAAUAUUUCAGGUUUACGAAGCUAGGCUCUUUCGUCUUAACAAAAGCAACAAUGGAGAGAUGAUUACUUCUGUAGAAGAGGCGGUGAACCUGCAAAAGAGGAAAUCUGCACUGAAUCAGUUCUAUUGGAAUCUAUCACGAGGGGACAAAAAUUCGAGUGCAUCAGCUUCUGAUGACAAAGAUGACGGAAAGAAGAGGGACGCAGGGGAGAAAGUGACGGUCUCAAAGUCGCCGUCUGAUUUGGAGAUAGUGCUGACAAUAAUCAGAAGCAACUCCAGAGGGCUUCUUGAAAAGGACACGAUUUUGGCUGCCAGAAAGCAUCUCGACCUUCUUGAAGCAAUGCGCAAAGAGUACAGCCUGGCAAGGUCUCUGGCAAUUGCUCAAGCGCAAGUUUUACGUGCUCAUGAUGAAAUUAAGAUGGCAACGUCAAGAUUGCGCCUUAGAGAAGACGAGGAUGAUACAUCUGUCGAUGCUUUGAGUCCAGAAGAGUUGGAUAUCGCUGAUGUCGAAAAUUCUAGCGAGAAGUUUCUGGCUUUGGAUUCAUUAUCGCGUAUAAAGGGACAGCUUCGCUAUUUGAAGGGUUUGGUGCAGUCCAAUCAAAAACUGAAAUCAGACGGCUUCGACACUUUGGCUGUAUCCGAAGAGUCAGUUGUAUCUGCAAACAGAGGUUUAUCCGGACUCGAUACAGUGUCGUGCCCUGUUUGUCAGGAGCAAAUCGGCAAUCAGAAAAUGGUUUUUCAGUGCGGACAUGUCACUUGCUGUAAAUGUUUAUUUGCAAUGACGGAAAGGAGGUUGAUUCCGCCCGGAAAGCUUCACGAUAGCCAUAGGAUCUUAUGCCCGACAUGCCGGCGAGCCAGUGAUUUCAGAAACAUUGCGCUAGCCGAUGACAGACAAAACGAUUCCUACGGAGCUCACGACAAAACUGAAGCUUCAAUGACCGUUCACGGUUCUUAUAGUACAAAGAUCGAAGCUGUUACAAGAAGAAUUCUAUGGAUCAGCUCGACCGAUCCCAAGUCGAAAAUUCUCGUUUUCUCAAGCUGGAACGACGUUCUUGAUGUCUUACAGCACGCCUUCGCUGCCAACGGCAUAAGCUAUGUCAGGAUGAAAGGCGGAAGGAAAUCGCAAAUUGCCAUAAGCCAAUUCAAGGGGCAGAAGAGCAACUGUAAAGAUCGAAAGAGGGAUCCCGACCCCGGAGAUAAACCGGAAUCGAAUUCCACGCCUCGAGUGCUGCUCCUCUUAAUACAACAUGGAGCGAACGGGCUGAAUCUUCUCGAAGCACAGCACGUGAUUCUACUCGAGCCGCUGCUGAAUCCGGCGGCCGAAGCGCAGGCAGUCGGGAGGGUGCACCGGAUCGGGCAGGAGCAGAAGACGCUGGUUCAUCGUUUCAUAGUGAAGGACACGGUCGAAGAAAGCAUAUAUAAAAUGAACAAGAGCCGGGACACGAGCUCGUUCAUCAGCGGGAACCGGAAGAACCAAGAUCAGCCGUGCUUGACACUCCACGAUGUUGAGUCCUUAUUCAGAGUCGGCCCACCGGCAGCUGCUGAGGAUGACCAUGAUCCUGCCGGAGGAAGCCUGAGGGAUCUGCCGCCUUCUGUUGCAGCGGCGAUCGCUGCUCAGCGAAGAUUAACGGAACGGGAAAUCAACGUCGACGGGAGCUAGCAGAACGGGACGACGGAGAUGGACAGUUGUUAGCAAUCCAUUGGCUGAUUAAGGUUUCGUGAAUGGUGGCUAUGGAAGUUUCCAAGUUGCCAAUGGAAGGAGAAGAAGAAGAAGAAGAAGACACAAGACAUCAUUCUUCAUUCAUAUUGUAUGUUAUGUUUUUAGCCAUUAGGAUUUAGGGGCUAAUUUGGAUAGUUCUGUACAUUUUAUUUUUUCUAGAAUAUUAUUAUAUGUGUUUGUAUAUAUAUAAACUACUUUCAAGUGAUUUAAAUUGUGGUUAUAAUUGUGGUUAUUGACGAGGUUUUAUGUUUCAAUGUAAACUCAGUUGCUAAUUAAUUAAUUGAAAUUAUAUCUGUUGAUAUAUUGAUAAUAUUAAUAGCACUAUUGCUAUUUAGACUGGAUUGUAGCAUCCAUCUAAGGAUAUGAUUGUUAUUUCAAACCCCGACGCCUCAAGUCACCUGCCCAACAUGGUAUUAAGUUCAGCUGGAGAUUUAUCCAGUGCGCACUUUCGGAUAACGGCUACAGAUUUC